CUAGUUGGCAUGGAUUAUGAUCGAGGAUUGAAGUCGCCAUAACUCGUUCACCAGGCAUUGACCUUGCAUAGCUAGAUACUCCAAGCAGUGCUGCGUCGAGUGAAGUCGUUACUGAAGCAAUGCUGUGGCGUUUAGCAGUUCUCACCACCGCUGCACAUGCGCUGGCGCCGAAGCGCUACCGCUUGCGGCCACGCAACGCCGUCGAUCCCAUUAGACCUGAAAUAGGAAGCCCGGCGCCGCUCGUCAUCAAUGCUCUGGUUGCGAUGGAGCGCGGCGCGUCCGCGCGGGCCGCGGACGCGCCGGAGAUUGCUGUGGCGGUGCAGGAGAUGAGGCCGAAGCUGCAAGAAGUGCUCGUGAGCACGUGCGCCGACGAGCCGUGGAUCGCCAAGUACAAGGAGGAGGGCCGCUUCGGACUACCGCUGAGUGACGUGGACCCGUUGGUCACGAUGCAGCGCAACGAGUGCCUCCUCGCCCUGUAUUUGUUGGCGCGGCACCCCGACGGCGUCUCCGUUGAUGACGGCGCGCCUCUCUUAAAAGCGGAGGACUUCCUGGAUCAAGAUAGACUUGACGUCGUGAUGGCGGGAGCGUUGGACUUGGACCUGUAACAGUUAC